AUGCCGGACAGCGGAGGCGCGACCGUGCUCGACGACCUCCCAGAGUGGAUCCUUGUGGAAGAGAUCUUCAUCCGUUUGCCGCCCAGGGACAUCGUCCGCUGCCGAGCCGUCCGCAAGUUGUGGCAAAGUGCCACCUCCACGGACAAGUUCAUGCUGGACCACCACCGCCGCCAGCCCUUCCUCCCGAUCCUCAGCCACGUCGUUGAACCGCAGAAAACCAGCCUCGUGUUAUCCUUUGACGCCGAUGCAGUCCAGCGACGGCUCUGCCCGGUCAUCCGGACCUUAUACUCCGGUAUACUCGAGGCUACGUGUGAUGGCCUCCUCAUCGUCUCCCACGGAGCCACAGCGCAUGAGUUCUUCAUCUGCAACCCGGUCACCCGCAGGUGUGCUCCCCUACGGACGCCUCAGAACCUACUGAACUAUUACUACCAGAUUGUCGGCUUCUAUCGGCACAAACCAUCCGGGCAGUACCGAGUGCUUUGGGUCUCUUGUCCGACAAACAACACAAAUCACAGAACUUUUUACUGUGUCAUAGCGGUGGGAUCCGAUUAUACAAGACAAAUCGGACAAGGAUGCAUCCGGCAACCAACAUCGUCAUCACCUUCCUUGGAACUGGCGUUACGCGAGCGGCUGCCCGGUUCGUCUGGCUAUCCGCCAAUCGACCACCGUGGCAGCUUGCACUGGACAAUUGUAAGAUACGACCGCUGUGAUGCCGGCUACAUAAUGGUGUUCAAGACAGCAGAUGAAACAUUCCGGUUGAUGUGCUGUCCAGCCCAGUUGCCCUCACAACAGUUGCUGUUGGAGAUAGAUGGCACUCUUGCUUUGUGUGGCAUCAGCAGUGAUAGAGUCACCGUAGAUGUUUGGGUGGUACAAGACUAUGACGCUGAAGCCUGGUCCUUCAAGCAUCGGAUUUAUUUAUCAGGGAUGGAUGAAUCACCAUUUGUUGACUUGAAGGUUCCUAGAAUGGCUGUGCUUAGUGAUGGUGAGCUGCUGAUCCAGUUUGCUCCUAGGCAUGUGGUUCGCUGUGACAUUGAUGGCAGGUUUGUAGAAUAUGUGAAAAGCGAAGAGGACCAAGACAAGAACUUGUGGCUUACCCGGCAUCGCCUCCAGGAGAGCCUUAUUCCCCUUCCAUUAUCCAACGAGAUGCAAGAAGGAGGUGCUGCGAGUGUGGAGCCUCCAUUCUUCAUAGGGCUAUAG